GUCAGCGAAUCAAUAGAAAUAGCAGUAGCCAAGACAAAGCCGUGCCCGUGCCCGUGCCCGUUAUCCGUGCCAGUGGCCGCAAGCCCGACCGAACACCAAAAGCCCGACAGCAAAUCAGCGACCCCGACAGCGACCAAAAUUCACUCGCAAAUAAUGCUGACCAUGUCGACCCUGAUGAUGCCAGCCCCGACCAUAGCCAUGGGUGCCCCGCAGAUCACGAUGGGUCCGCACAAGCCGCCGGAAACGAAGCUGCUGGCCAUCCACCCGGCCGCAGCCGCCGCUGCAGCCGCCCAACAGCAGCACUCGCAGCAACAACAGCAGCAGCAAUCGGUGUUGCACAAUGGACAGCAGCAGCACUCGCAGCAGCAGCAACAACAGCAGCACUCGCAGCAGCAGCAACAGCAGCAGCUAGUCGGCAGCAACUCCAAGCCAGAACAGUUUCACAUUUUCGUGGGCGAUCUAAGCGCAGAGAUUGAGACGCAACAAUUGAAAGAUGCAUUCACACCAUUUGGAGAAAUAUCAGACUGCAGAGUUGUUCGUGAUCCGCAGACGUUGAAAUCAAAGGGCUAUGGAUUUGUCAGCUUUGUCAAGAAAUCGGAGGCGGAAACCGCCAUCACGGCUAUGAAUGGCCAAUGGUUGGGCUCGCGCUCGAUACGCACAAAUUGGGCCACACGGAAGCCGCCGGCAACCAAGGCAGACAUGAAUGCCAAGCCGCUCACCUUUGACGAGGUCUACAAUCAGAGCAGCCCCACCAAUUGCACUGUCUACUGUGGCGGCAUCAACGGGGCUCUUUCAGGAUUCCUCAACGAAGAGAUCCUGCAGAAGACCUUCUCGCCCUACGGCACAAUACAGGAGAUACGGGUCUUCAAGGACAAAGGAUAUGCAUUUGUGCGCUUCUCCACCAAGGAGGCCGCCACCCACGCCAUCGUGGCCGUUAACAACACGGAGAUCAACCAGCAGCCGGUGAAGUGCGCGUGGGGCAAGGAGAGCGGCGACCCCAACCACAUGUCCGCCAUUGCCGGACAGGCUCUGGCCCAGGGAUUCCCAUUCGGCUCGGCGGCGGCCGCAGCAGCCGCGGCAGCUGCCUAUGGGCAGCAGGUGGCCGGAUACUGGUACCCGCCGGCUCCCACAUAUCCGGCGGCGGCCCCCGCCAGCGCCCUGCAGCCGGGCCAGUUCCUGCAGAGCAUGCAGGGCUUCACAUACGGUCAAUUCGCAGGGUACCAGCAGGCCGGAUACAUGGGAAUGGGUGUCCAGUUGCCGGGAACCUGGCAGAGCGUACCGCCUCAGCCGCAGUUGGCGGGAGCUACGGCAGCUGCCGCUCCUCAGAUCACCCAGAGCGUGGGCAGUGCCCUGCCCCAGGCGACCGGAGUGGUGGCCUAUCCGAUGCAGCAGUUCCAGGUCAGUCCGCAGCUGGCGGAGGACGAGUGGCUGGCGCCUAGUUUGCUCGUGUAGCUGCCAUGAGGGAUGGCCAUGUAUUCCACGCAACAGCAGCAGCAGCAGCAACACCAGCAGCCGCAGCAGCAGCAGUUGUUGCAGGUGCAGCAGCCACAGGAGCAGCAGACGUCCGGGGAAUACGUGAAGGAGCCGCCCUACCAACAACAGCACCACCAUCAAAUGCAACAGCAGCCGCCACAACACGGCCAACACCCACACCAUCAGCAGCGGCAACAGCAGACGCAAACCCAACACUAUAUUCCCCAACUGUACUAUCCAUCUCACUGGGUGCAGCAGCAACAACAGCAGCAGCAACAGCAACAACAGCAACAACAGCAACAACAGCAACAACAGCAACAGCAGCCACAGCAGCAGCAGCAGCCGCAGCAGGUAGCAAACAACGAGCAACAAGCACAGCAGCAACAACCACCAGUGACCCAGGUGUAUGGCAUGCCGGAAGUGUAAAAAUUAAGACACCUAUUUAUAUACGAUUCAACCAAAAUCUAACCAACUUUUGGCGGCUGCUCAGAUGUGGCGAAUACUGGCCGGAGAGUGCAAUAGUCAUAAUUCAAGUUGAUCUAAUCAAAUGAAACCAAAAGAGAAAUACCCAAAACCAAAGUUAUGAAUGUGUGUUAUUUGUGUCUAUUUUUGAGAGGGCUACACCUUGUUAAUGGUGGGCCCUAUCAGCAAAAAAAUAUAAAGUUUAGAAACAAAAUAUCUAAAUGUAUUUUAGUAGGUAUGACAUAUACAUUGUAUAUACCAGAGUAAGAAUAGAGUGGGUGCUAUAACGGAUGUGGUUAUGAUUUACCGAGGCUUACAGUCAAAAGAAUUGCGAUUCACAAGAAAGCUAGAAAAAACGAAGAAAAACCAAAAAAUAUAUUAUAUUUAAGAGUAGAAUAAGCUGAAAAAAAUUAGUAUCUAAAAUGAAUAUUAAGAGAAAUGUGUUUCGUUGACUGAGAAUUCAUUUACAAUAUUUGUCCUAUCUCUGAAGCAGUUCAUGAUGUGUUAGCUUUGCAAUAGAUUCCAUUCCAGAGAUCAUUUCGCCAAUAUAUCGAUGUGCAUAGGCCUAAGAAUUAGCAAGUAGUCAAUGGCAAGUCAAAUGUUCCACCAUUAGCUUCGAUCAGUUGAUUCAUAAUUAUGAGUGUUUAUCCAGCAUUAACUAGAGAAAUAUCAAAGUAUAAGUAACUGAGUUAAGCACCACGUAACUAAACCAAAUGAGAAAAAAUCACACCAGAAAUCAAGUAGAAAAUGCACUGAAUACCGAACGAACGAUCAAGCCGCAAAAUGUAAUUGUAGAUGGUCCCAAGACUAGAUAAAACAAUAUAUAUCCUAAACGAUAUCCAUAGAAGAGGCUACAGCUCGCACACACUCACACUCGCGCCCUUACGCACUCACGCACACUCAUAAGGAACUUAUUCAUGUAUCUGUGUUUGUGUAUCGUGUAUAUGUAUUAAGAUGAAACUAUAAGAUGGUCGGGCAAAUGGCAAAUCUAGCUAAAUAUUUAGACAAGGAUAUGAGAGAAAACGUGUAGCAAAAGCAAAAUAUAAAAUGUAGUCAAUGUUUAGCUAAGAAUCAUAAGUGUAACUGUAAAACUAUACACUUACUGUAAACCUAAACACAAUUAUUUAUGGUAUUUACAACGGACAAAAAAUGAUAUGAGAUCGAAUACAAAAUGUAAACUAUUUUUUACAUACCAAAGAAACUGAAAAAUCAACAAAAAGUAAUGCGAGCAUAGGGCAAAAUUUAAAAAUGGCUAAAUCAAAAUUAGAAUUCAAUUGGAUGGUCGAGUGCCAUGGAGCCAUAGCCAUGAAGAGCGAGUCUAAUUUCUAUAAGUUGUGAUGAAAGCAAAACGAUGUUACGGACAAAGAAAUCUGAUUAUUUUUUCAACUUGGCAUACCGUGUUUUUUGAGAGCCAACGACAAACUGUGCAUCGGCAAUGCAUCACUUUACAUAUAUACAAAUCUAUAUAUAUACACCUAUAUAUAUACAUAAAUAUACAUACAUACAUAUAUACUAAAUGUUAUUUGAGCAGUCAAGAAAACUGUGUGUAAGAGCAAGCUAUGCAUAAAUAUAAUUAUAAAUACUUUAAUGUGGAGGAGGCAAUGGAAAUUAAAUUAAAUUGUAGCUGAACAUAUGUUGGAAAUGUUGGAAAAUUAUGGUAAAAUUACGAACUAAAUAUAAUGAAGAAACGCAAAAAAAAAAACAACCGGAAAUGGAAGAAACAAAAAACCGAAAUAUUCGACGACAUAUA